AUGCCAUUCUGGAAUCAUUUUAUUUCUUCUUCUUUUCCUUCUUUUGUUUCUUCUUUUUCUUCUUAUGUUUCUUCUUCUUCUUCUUCUUCUUUCCUCAUCUUCUGUUUCCCCUUUUUCUUCUGUUUUUCUUUUUCUUCUGUUACUUUUGUUUCUUUGUCUUCUGCUUCUUCUUCUGUUUCUCCUUUUUCUUUUUAUGUUUCUUCUUCUUCUUCUUCUGUUCCUUCGUCUUCUCCUUACGUUUUUCUGUUUUCCUCCUCCUCCUCCUUCUUCUUCUUCUGUUUCUCCUUUUUCUUCUUAUGUUUCUUCUUCUUCAUCUUCUUCUGUUUCUGUUCUUUUCUUCUUCUCCUUCUUUUUUUUCUUCUUCUUCUUCCUCCUCCUUCUUCUUCUGUUUCUCCUUUUUUCUUCUUAUUUUCUUCUUCUUCUUCUUCUGUUCAUCUUCUUCUUCUUCUGUUUUUUCUUCUUCUUCCUUAUUUUUUCUUUUUUUCUCCUUCUCCUCUUCCUUUUCUUCUGUUUCUCCAUUUUCUUCUUAUGUUUCUUCUUCUUCUUCUUCAUCUUCUUCUUCUUCUUCUGUUCCUUCGUUUUCUUCUUAUGUUUUUCUGUUUUCCUCCUCCUCUUUCUUCUGUUUCUCCUUUUUCUUCUUAUGUUUCUUCUUCUUCUUCUUCAUCAUCUUCUUCUUCUUCUGUUCCUUCGUCUUCUCCUUAUGUUUUUCUGUUUUCCUCCUCCUCCUCCUCCUCUUUCUUCUGUUUCUCCUUUUUUCUUCUUAUGUUUCUUCUUCUUCUUCUUCAUCAUCAUCUUCUUCUUCUUCUGUUCCUUCGUGUUCUUCUUAUGUUUUUCUGUUUUCCUCCUCCUCCUCUUUCUUCUGUUUCUCCUUUUUCUUCUUAUGUUUCUUCUUCUUCUUCUUCAUCAUCUUCUUCUUCUUCUUCUUCUUCUUCUUUUUGUUCUUUCUUUUCUUUUUUUUUUUUUUUCUUCUUUUUUUUUUUCUUUUUUUCUUCUUUUUCUUCUUAUUUUUCUUCUUCUUCUUCUUCUGUUUCUUUCUUCUUCUAA